AUGCUCAACGCAAAGGAGCUGGCGCGGGUUCUGAACGCCAACCUGCACCCACAGUUCUUCUCGUCGUGGCUUGUUAUGUCACCAAACGCCACACUUCUAGCUUACUCGGGUAGCCCCAAUAUCCAGCAACUGCGCGACCAGGCUGCACUGCUCUCUCAGAUAUGGCGGGAGCAGAAGGCUAAACUCGGAGGUCAGUCUUCAACCAGUCUAACAGACCACUUCUCCAGCAGCGCGUCUACCGCGAGCACAAUUGCCGAAGGCGCGUUGGAAACGCUUACCAUAGAGAAUGCAAAAUCAAAUAUUAUCAUCCGGGCCGUGCAACCACGGCUUCUGCUGGUACUGAUUGGUGGCUCGCCUCCGCGCCGCCCCUCAAAUUUCUUCAAGCUCACAGCCGAAGCUCGCGGGGACCCACGAUAUCCACCCGAACUUGUGUCGCCUGAUUCUGGCUCUGCAGGAAGCGCGCACGACUCGGUAAGAGGGGACUCGCCUCCUGCUGAAGUACUCACCCACGACCACGAGAGCUUUGUGGCCGACCCCCCUGCUCAGUCGCAGCACCGGGAUCUGAGCGAACAUGAGAAGAUUGAGAUUCUCGACUUGCAGCGAAGGAAGAUCGAUGCCGCGACAGAGUUCAUACGCGGCGACUUUGAGUCGAAGAAGUUUGUCAUGCCAGACGAGAUCUCGAUUCCUUAA